AUGCGUUCCGCCCUCUUGGGUUGUUUCGAAUGUCAAGAGCGACAUACGGCCGAUUACAUAAAACAGGAGUUGAUAAAUCUUGUGACUGAUUGGGAGAUCAAUGAUAAAAUAUUUGUUUGCGUAACAGACAAUGCAUCAAAUAUGAAGGCUGCUAUUCGGCUGACAGGGUGGGAACAUUUUCAAUGUGUUGCCCACACUUUCAACCUAAUAGUUCGGGCAAGUCUUGAGACAAUACAAGAACCUAUAAAAAAAGUAAAAUGCAUUGUAGAAUAUUUUCAUAGAAGCUCUAUUGCCACAAAAAAGCUGUGUGCCGUGCAAGAACAACUAAAACCUGGACAAAAACCCCUGAAACUUAUAAUGGACGUUAUAACUCGUUGGAACAGCACGUUAGAUAUGUUAGAAAGAGUUGCAAAUCUACAAGAGCCUAUAGAAGCUGCAAUAGGUUUGUUGCAUAAUCCAGUUGAAAACCUAUCAGAAAACGAAUGGCGGAUUCUUCCAGAAGUUGUAGAAAUAUUAAAACCAUUCAAACAACUUACUGAGGAAUUUUCGUCUGAAAACGAAGUGACUAUUUCAAAAAUUUCGGCAGGAAAUUCCAGCGUCUUACGAAUACUCAAUAACUUGAAUAACACUCUGACUUGUGAUUUGUCCAAACAAUUAGUCUCUAAACUGAAAGCCGAAUUUAAUAUCAGGUUCAAAAAUAGCUUGCGACACCAAGUUCUAUCAAAAGCUGCGAUUUUAGACCCUAGGUUUAAGAGACAAGCUUUUGCUGACGAUUCAUGCUAUGAGUAUGCAAAAAACUCUGUGAAAGAAGAAUUGGAAAGGAUGGCAAAACCAUCGUUUGUGAAUGAAUCCGAAAGCGAAGAUACAGAUUCUCCUAUGUUUGACGACCAAGAAGACUCUAUUUGGCUAGGGUGUUAUAGAAGAACAACAACCAUGAGUACUACAGCAUCAAAGACAUCUGCCAGUAUAAUUACCUUUAGCCAGUAUAUGGAAGAAAAGCUUUUAUUUAGAAAAGAAAAUCCACUUAAAUGGUGGCACGCGCGAACACCUUUAUAUCCAAAAUUGUCUAAUUUAGCACAAAAAUACUUAUGUGUGAUGGCUACAUCGGUGCCAUCGGAAAGAAAAUUUUCCGAGUGGGGGCAAAUAUUAUCAGACAAACGUGCCUCGUUGAAACCGAAACGCGUUGAAAAAAUUCUCUUUUUACGUAUGAACCAAAGACUAUUGGUAUAA